ACACGCAGGCCGCCGUCAUCGCGUUGGGAGGGAAGCCCCUGAGCGCAGGUACUGCAGGCGUCCCCAUUCCCUCUGCCUGCUCCUCCCUGCACGGGAGGCCGCUCAGCUCACGAGGCCUGGACGGACAGGGAAGAGGAGGAGGAGACGAAGGAGGAGGGAAUUGGAAAAGAGAGAGGGAGUGGGAGAGAGAGAGAGAGUUAUUUAUCGCUGUUUUGACUCGGAAAAAGCUCAGAUGAACACCUUUUGGGCACGAGAGGCAGGGCAUCAGUGUCAGGAAGGUGGAAAAAGGGCCAAAAGUGUGUUAAAAUCGGGAAGUUUCGCGAAAUAACGUGUUUUUUGCUCAGUUGAGGGAAGGAGAGAUGCAACAGUUCCUUUUAACAAGAAGGAAAGUUUUUAAAAAGUCCUUUUCGUGUUUCGUUUGUUUUCGUUUGGAAGGAAAUAGGAAAGGUGUUUGCUCUUAGGAGUUCUGUUUUAGUUUUAUUCGGUUUCUUUAUGUUAAGUCUGGCUGGGGAUCCAAUCUUCCUGUGACCUUUUUCCUUGCAAUUGCCCUUGCAAUUCUCUUGUUGCUUCCCGUCGCCAGAUUGUUUCGUGCAUUAGUGAGUAGGUUUUAUCUCUGAUUGGUUUAGUGCCAUCACAGUUUGCUAUAAAUGUAUAUGGAAGUAUUCCGAUUCGCGCAGCUUUAUUUAUCAACACGCAAAGGAAAUAGUUUAGAUGGAAAGCGUCUCCUUUUUCGGCCGCUCCGUCCAACGCAGACAAAUCUCUCCUCGCUGCCUUCUGCAUGGCCUUCUGCAUGGCCUUCUGCAUGGCCUUCUGCAUAGCCCUCUGCAUGGCCCUCUGCAUGGCCUUCAGGAAACUGAGACCAGAGAUUUUCAGUAAAAGGAGCCAGUUCCUUGUCGAGGAUUAAUGGCUAGGGAAAAACGGGGUCGGAGGAGGUCACUGAGUGCUCGGGAACGUCCAGUGCGUCUGGACGCUGCGGCAGAAGGGCCGGAGCAGAUGGCCUCUUCUCUUGUGGGUUUUCCCAACACUUGACGGACGUCCAGACAUCCAGUAGUUUCCGAAGAUCCCUCAGCGGACUUUUGCCCGUCGUUGGUCUUGCCUGCGCGUGGCAUUGGGGGGAAAAAAUGUUAAUGUGUGGUUAUUGUGGUCUCAGACUGGAGUGAAUAUCAUGAUUUGUGAAUUUAUUUAUCCUAGGCAUGCAGAGCUAUUGAAUAUUCAGGUGACGAUUGUGUCCAAACACAUUACGAAUAUAGAAGAAAAAUAUAGGUUUCAUCAAGUUCUAGAUUCCAUUGCGUUAAUUUGUGCUGCAUGCUUGUCCGGAAUUUAAAUAAUUUGCAAAACACUCGUACAAUGUAAGGGUGCGCUUGGCUGUCUAAAAGUAUGAAAAGAAACAUAUUUUUAAAAAAUCUCUUGAUCGAUAAUGUUGAUUAAUGGUGAUUAAUCAACAAAUAUGUUGUAUGUGUUGAAAGUUAUAUUAAAACCACUAUAUAUCUGAUUUACUUCUUUUAAGACUUUUUUUUUUUUAUGCUUGCAUAAAUACAAGUUGAAGUAUUGCAAUAGCCUUAGUUAAGUUAGGAUGAAGCUCUGUCUGAGUCAAUUAUGUUAAGUUAUUUCUAUUAAAAUUACGUUCUGAUUGAAUUAGAUCUAUUUAACUAAGGUUAGAGCACUCUUUGACAACACAUGAUUUGCAUAUUGUGAAAGACCACAAUCACUUAUCAAAGUAUGUUAAUCUAUGCUUGUGUAUUUAAGGCAUCAAGAAACUUUCACUUCGAAAGCUCUUCGUCUCAUUGAAUGCGAGAAGGGUAGUUUAUUGGCUUUUACAGGUUUGCAAAGCAGGGAGGCAUUGUUUUACGCAGCUUUAUUCUGUAUACUUGGUUACUCAGAAAAUCCAGGGUGUUAAUGCAAGACUGGUAAUUCUCUUCAGUACAGACACAUGUGCCAGACACUAAGGUUGCAAUUCCACGUCAAGCUUUAUUCUUUAUUUGUGGCAUUAUCGUUUGUGUUUCCCGGUAUUUCUUGUACCGACAACUGCAACUGUUUGUCCUUUGGAGGAAGAUCACUCUUCAGUUUGCCCGAACUGAGGGGGUCCAUGAUAUAAAGGCAUUAUGCUGUGGACUGUGGAGCUAGAAGGAGGCCCGCAGCGUGUGAAUCAUGCUGCGGUCGCUGUGGGAGAUAGAAUAUAUUCUUUUGGGGGUUACUGCACCGGUGAAAACUACCGCACAAUUAGAAAUAUGGACGUCCAUGUAUUGAACACAGUGACAUACAGAUGGAAAGCUAUAGAUAUAAAACAAGAGCGAGAGUUUGUGCCGUUUCAAAGAUAUGGUCAUACAGCUGUAGCCUUUGGCCAUCUUGUAUAUGUAUGGGGUGGCAGAAAUGACGUUUCUGCAUGUAACAUCCUUUAUUGUUUUGAUACAAAUACUCACGAAUGGUCUGUUCCUAAAGUCCGCGGGCAUGUCCCAGAGGCCAGGGAUGGCCACUCUGCCUGUAUUAUAAACGAUCAUAUGUACAUCUUCUCUGGUUACUUAGAAUACGUAGAAUCAUACACUCAGGACGUUCACACUUUGAAUUUAAGAACAAUGACCUGGUCUUAUAUCAAGGCCACAGGUCCAGCCCCAGUAUACAGAGACUUCCACACCGCAACUGGUGUCGAUGGCAUCAUGUAUGUGUGGGGAGGCAGAGAGGUGGCUAGCGGAUGGUACGACUCGCCCGAACACGAAGAAUACGGAGCUGAUCUGUAUGCCCUGGACACUGUCACAAACCGCUGGAGCAUUAUACCUUGUUCUGGCAUGAUACCCAUAGGCAGAAGAUCUCAUUCAGCAUUUGUUUAUAAAGGGCAAAUAUAUGUCUUUGGUGGCUUUAAUAGUAGAAAGUGUUUGCAUUUCAAUGACCUGCACAGAUUUGACCCAGUUUUACAUGUGUGGGAGGAGGUGAAACCCCUGGGACAAGGGCCAUGCCCCCGGAGGAGGCAGUCCUGCUGUGUCGUAGGAUCCAAAAUGUUUCUCUUUGGAGGCACAAGUCCAAAAGAGAAUUACGAUGAGAUACUUGAGGAGGAUCCUAAUGGAGAGGAACAGACUGACCGACGUCUGAAAGACCAUAACGAUCUUCACGUGCUUGACUUUGAACCAAGUCUGAAAACUCUCUGCUUACUGGAAGUGCAGAAGCUGAAGCUGGACAUAGCCUGGUUGCCUCGUGAGUUGCACAUGCUCCUCAACUUUAUGCAGAUGCCCAAUAACAUCACUCGACCUUUGAAUCACACUGGUUGAACCUCUGGAUGAAAAUAUACCACCAGGCAGAAGUUCUUACGUUUGUACACACUCUCUUUGCCCCUGCUUUAGUAUCGAGACCAAACAAAAUUGAAACGAAGCAAAGAUGCUGUACUUUUGUUGCGUGACUACACCUCUGUGGCUUUUAUAUCUGUAUAAUUUGGUAAACUUUGGAUAGGCGAGAGGCCUUCCAGCAACCAUAGUCGCAACUUCAAGCACCAGUCUAAGCUUUUCUUGCAAACAAAUGCUUGCUACUUUUCAUACUGCACCAUUUGUAAAUACAGUAUUCUCCUGUAUUUCAGAAAGUCAAGUUAUGGUUGAGGCUUGUAUCUACUGAUUGUUUUGAAAUAUAAAUUAUAUAGCUAUUUUGUACCUGUUGAGAUGCUAGUUAAAGACCGUAGUUGUUGACAAUAUAAAGUAUAUUGCUGAUUUGUGAGAUUUCAUGAAUUCUAAAUUAGAAAGAAAAGAAAAAAAAAGGUUGGAAAAGCAUGGAGAUAUUGUUGCAUUUACAUUCAGGAAAUGCACACAUUUUCUCUUUGUUUUCCAUUAUAAUCGUCAUUAUUUUUGUCUCCCUUGGUAUAUUAAAGAACAUGAGAUUCCAUAAACCAUGACCUGUCACCUAUGGAUGAUAAAUGUUUUUGCAGUGUGAGAAGAUCCUACUGAUAGUCAGGAUCCACUAAAAGAUAUUUAUGAUACAAUGUGUAGAAGUGGCUUUCUUUCUUUUUCUGUACAAAAAAGGUAAAUAGAACCAACAUUUGUGAUAUAGAAUAAUGUGGAUUAUCAAAUUGGAAUCAAUAGUGAUGAGUAUUUUUUUUGGUUUCUCUCUGUUUUCCGAUCAGUGAGUUUGUAUCAGCAAAUGCAAUUGUAUUGUUACUGGAAAAAACACAAUACCUUCAAGAAUAUGCAUAUCUGAAGACAUCUUUGGUGGUGUCCCUUGUCAUUCAUGUUUGAGUUCCAGAUGUUUUCUCUUCAUCUCUUCAGUUGAAAUUGGCUGGUGAUGAGUGAUAUUGCCAGACUGUGUUUUGCCUGUCUCUGGAUUUUCAUACUAUAAACAUGUAUUCAAGUAUGAUGUAUUUAUAUUUUGUCUUUAUAAAUAAAAGUAUAACAGCAACAUUUUUGAUGUACAGUUAUUGUGUGCAUAUUAAAAAGUUACUUGUGUUGUUAACUUGUCCAGGAGAUAAAUUCUUUAUGAAAACC